CGCUGCUCUUUCCUUUGGUCAAGUCUAGAUACACACAGAAUAUAUAUAUAUAUAUAUAUAUAGAGAGAGAGAGAGAGAGACUGAUUUAGAGAGAGAGGGGGAUAUACACAUAGAUAUAUAAAGAGAAAGGGUGGUGGGGGUGAAGGGAAUCCCCACAGCCCUUGUAGUAGAUCUGUUGAGAGCAGCGAUAUUCGAAGAUACCAUCCAAAAAUUCUAAAGAGGAAAAAAUAUAUCCCUUUGAGAUACUUGCGCCACCACCGUACUUUCUUAGUUAUCAACGAGGAGGAUUAACAAUUAAUUCUUCUUAUAUGUAAAACUCGUCCGCACAAUCACUUACCUUUUCGGAGAGAGACAACUUUGUAUUUGUAUGGUUUCAGAGGAAGUGAGGAAAGUAAUAAGUUUACAAUGUUGGAAUUGAGAGCGGGGAGGAGGUGCUACUCCGACGCGGUGGAGGGAGUGAAUGUGGGACUGGCUUGUGUUGAUGCGGUGAUUGCAUUUCUUGCUCUCUAUAAGUUGAUUAGAAUUCAUUCAAGGAAUACACAGCUUGGAUGGACUCGCCAAAAGGUCAUUCAUCUAUUGAUUGGGUCGUCCAAUCUCGGUUAUUUCCUUUAUUUUGUAUUAAAUCUGGUUGCUGCCUGUAAGGGUUGGAUUUGCUGGUCGUAUUCCUGUGGUUUUGUUAUCAUGGCCUUCCCCAAAAUUCUGUUUAUUGCAGCAUUUCUCCUGCUUUUGUCAUUUUGGGUAGACCUCUGUCAUCACCCAAAUGAUGAAGAAGAAGAUGAAGGAUAUAACCCCCAAGAAGCUCUGCUUGAGAAGAUGAACAAAACUAGUUCACAGACUAAUGGACACCGAAGGUGUUGCACCUUCAGGUUAGCUCGUAUUGGAAGCCGUCAAAAGAUUGUGAUUGUGGUAACAGUUUUAGUUUUUGCAAUAAUGAUUGCAUCUGCGGUGCUGAUAUGGCUAGGGUUGGGAAGCAGUCCUAUUGAGUCUGCAGUUGUUGCUCAGGUAUAUGUAGAUCUUAUUGCUGUGGUUGUCCUUUUGCUUGGAGGAGCCUUGGCAUGCUAUGGAGUUGUAUUAUUCCUGAAAAUGAAAAAAGUGAAAUCUGAGCGGGCUUCGUCUGAAAUGUGGAAGGUUGCCGGUUUGGCUGUUGUUUCCGUUAUUUGUUUUACAUCAAGUGCCUCAGUUGCAAUAGGUACACAUAUUCCUUUAUUUUACGACUGGGAUGAACGACACAUGGAUGCUGUCCGUACUUCAUUUCUACUGAUUUUGUAUUAUUUCAUAGGUUCAUCAGUGCCUUCAGCAGUUGUUUUAUUUCUGAUGAGAGAAUUGCCACCUCCCCUCAUUACUAAUACAAGGUGCGAAGAAUCAAGAACGAUAACAUUCAUACAUGACGACUCAGCAACAGCAACUCAACGACAGAGCUGGUCUAGAGCAACCCAGAAUCAGGUUCUAAUGCUUAUUAUAGAUGCAUAUAAUAACGGGUCAAUAGUUGAUCCGUCUGUAUUUUACUGCUCGUUACAAGUCUUAGUUUGAAUGGGAUGAAUGCAGGUGUCGAGGGCAAGCCCCAUAUGAAGUCGCAUGCUGGAACUCGACUGCGAAGCUUGGUUAGUAGUGGCAUGAAGACCAAGAAAAGAAAAGAAACGGUUUAGAAGGCUCACUGAGGAGUAUAGCCGCAAGGCUGCUUUGUGUGAGCCUUUUUAGUGUGGUAGCUUUGUCUCUCUUGUACAUAGCACUACUAUUCUCUAACUUAUGCUCAAAAUUCUAUUUCAUAAAACCUUUUUGAUUA